GAUUGACUCUGGGUACGAUGAAUAACUCAACACUGGACCAGAGCUCUGGUUUUCCCGUUAUUUUAAUAGUUUUUAUUGUUUUACAACAACUAGUAUUCAUUACUGCUCUUGUUGGCAACAGUCUUGUUAUAUUUAUAUUCAUCAGUAAACUUAAAUUUAAAAACAAUACAAACAAAUUUGUAGUAAAUUUAGCAGUUGCCGACAUGUUAACCGGAAUAGUAUCAGGAAUACAAAUAUUUUAUUUUGUUUAUCCAAGUAUCGCAAAUUACAUGACAGUUUGUUUUCUGCGCUACCUGUUGAUCAGUUACACGACACUGGUAUCCCAAAUGACAGUCUUGUUCACAGCGUUAGACAGAUAUAUUGCCAUUUGUCAUCCGCAUCACUACAAAAAAAUUCUGACAGCAAACGCAACAAUACUUUUGUCUCUGUUUCCAUGGAUAUUCUGCUUAUUUUUUGUUGCUCUCCCAUUCUGGGGUUUGCAUGUUUGGAGCCCUAGUUUUCCAUGUGAAUAUUUAUUUUUAUUUCGUAGGGGUUUCUACUUGUCAUCAUCUCUCAUAAUGUAUAGUUUCAGCAUGAUAACCUUUGUAAUGUAUAUUUUGAUACUGAAAGCGGCCUGGCGGUUUUAUUCUAGAGUUGCACCAGUGAGUGGCGGCUCCGUGGAAAAUCAGCAAACAACGAGAUCCAAGAACUUGGAUCGUGAUGUACGAAGUGCCAAAGUUACCGGUGUCGUUACGUUGGCAUUUUCGUUCUGUUGGCUACCUUUCACGUCUUUUCCAUUCACGAAAGGUAUCGGAAUUGAUCAAACGACCAUGACAGAAUUAACUUUAAUGAAUUGGUUGGUGUUUCUUGGUCUUGUAAACAGUAUAAUAAAUCCAUUUAUUUAUGCAUGGAAACGUCGGGACUUUACUAAAGAAUGUAAGAAAAUAUUUAAGUGCUUUAAGAAUAAUAAUCAAGAAGAACCAGUUGCACAGGCUACUCCCCAACCUUAACGACAUCCGCUGGGUUUUAGAAUGAAAGUCGUUCGUUUUAUCUAUACUUCAAAAUAUUAUGACAGGGGUUUGAAUGUAUGUAACUAAAAUGUCACUGAUUUCAGUUAGUGUGAUCGUUUAUUUAAUGCUCGACAACCUUAUUUUAACUCAACUUCAGUGGAACAGUUUCAUGGAAAGGCAAUAUGUACAAUGUAAAAUGGUUUCUAUGUGCUGGUAAAUUUCAGAUCUGGAUAUCGACUCGCAACAACAUUGCAAAAUUUUGAAAGUGAAGUAUUGAGCAGAGAAGGCCUAACUUACUUAUCUAUUAACUUUUAAAACAAAAGAAUGACACCAGAACAAUGUAAGCGGAUACGAAGACAUAUUGAUUUAUAAAGAUUUUUUUGUAGCUUGAAGAAACAACGACUGUUUAUUAGUUUUGUAUACAAUCGUCUUAAAAUGUUAU